UUCAAGUAUCCUCUUCCAACAUUCUUCAACCGGGUUCAGACAGAAAGAGAUGGGGAGAGCGAAGAAGGGUCCCAAAUUCGCAGUCAUGAAGAAACUUGCGUCUCAUAAAGCAAUCAAACAACAUAAAGAAGAGGUUUUGAACCCUAAUAAAAAGGAUUUAACGAAGGAGAAGCUCCCUAGAAAUGUACCCUAUGUUUCUUCUGCUCUGUUCUUCACUUACAAUACGGCUCUGGGACCGCCUUAUCGAGUUUUGGUGGAUACCAACUUCAUCAAUUUCUCCAUCCAAAAUAAAUUGGACUUGGAGAAGGGAAUGAUGGACUGCUUAUAUGCAAAAUGCACGCCAUGUAUUACCGAUUGUGUGAUGGCUGAACUUGAGAAACUUGGUCAGAAGUAUCGUGUUGCCUUGAGAAUUGCCAAGGAUCCUAGAUUUGAAAGGCUUCCAUGCACUCACAAAGGAACUUAUGCUGAUGACUGCAUUGUUGAAAGAGUUACUCAGCACAAAUGCUAUAUGGUAGCAACAUGUGAUAGAGAUUUGAAACGUAGGAUUCGCAAGAUACCUGGUGUGCCGAUUAUGUAUAUCACCCAACACAAGUAUUCCAUUGAAAGAUUGCCUGAAGCAACUAUGGGUGGAGCUCCAAGAAUAUGACAUUUGGGCGUUCUUGCAUGUUAUCGAUGAUAGAGUUUUAUGUUACCCGAAGAACAGAUCUUGUAGAAAUCGCUCACUACUGCCAUCCUGAGCGCCUACUGUUCUUCAAGAAUGUGUUAUCGUUUUAUCUUUUUAUGUAAUGGGUUUUGUGUUAUGAUACGUAAAGAUGAAAGAUCGAAAUUGUUACUGUACUUUAAAAGCAAAAUGCAGUUUUGUCUUCAUGCAA